AUGCGCCGCAACCAGGACUCCUCCAUGACCUCCCCCAACGACUCCGCCGCCUCCUCCCAGGUCUUCACCCCCGUCCGCACCGCAUCGCCCUUCCAACCACCACCUCUCACCCCGCUGACCCUCACCACCGGCGACUUCCAUAGCUCCGCCAGCGACAGCCUCCAGCAACAGCUCCUGACCCGCGCCCUGGCCGAGGAGAUCCGGCUGCUGGUCCCUGCCCGCCUCCAGCUCGUCGACACCUGGCGGCUCGCCUACAGCCUCGACCGCGACGGCGCCUCCUUGGCCACCCUCUACGACCUCUGCGCUGACAUCUCCCAACGCAGCCCGCGGGCGGGCUACGUGCUCAUCGUCCGCGACGCCUCCGCCGCCGGCGCCGUCUUCGGCGCCUACAUGACCGACCCCCCGCAUCCCCACUCGCAUUACUUCGGCACCGGCGAGUGUUUCCUCUGGCGCGCCAGCGUCCUCACCCCGCCGCGCCAGCUCCUCGAGAACCUUCGCAGCAAUGGCGACGGCGACGGCGAUGGCGACGGCAGUGCCCCGGCCGCCGGGACGCACUCGGAGGAAUUGCUCGAGCUCGCCGGGCUGCCACCCCCGCCCAGCGCGGACACCACCCACGCCGGCCGAUGGAGCACCCUCCGCAGCGAGAAAGAGCGGCGAGAUGCCUCGCGGGGCCGCCUCGCGCCCCCGCCGUCCACCGGGUGCACCAGCGGCACCAGCACCCCCGAGCGCAUCCGCUUCAAGGCCUUCCCCUACAGCGGUGUCAAUGACUAUAUGAUGUUUUGUGAAACGGGUUUCCUCAGUUUGGGUGGAGGGGACGGUCGAUACGGCCUGUGGAUGGACUCCAGUCUCGAAAAGGGCGUCAGCUCCGCCUGCCAGACGUUUGGAAAUGAGCCUCUCUCCGAUGAAGGCGACAAGUUCGAUAUCCUCGGGGUGGAAGUUUGGUAUGUGGGUGCCUGA